GAUUGGGCUCUAGACAUGGUCUUAGGCGCUGUCAUUUAGAAACGAAUCUUCUGCAUGAAAAUGGUGAUUAAAUCAUUUUAACUGCUCGCGAAGCAGAUUAGAACGAGACAGAACCGAGAAUUGGGGAGACAGGAGUGGAGAAGAAGAUGAAGAAAGACAAGGAAGUGGAACCAUUAGCGACUUCAUCAAAUACAAACCCUAAAGUAAACAAGUUCGACAGUGGCGAUGAUGAAGACAGUUCCAGCAAGAACGGCCAUCGCAUCUUCUCUUCUCCGCAAUUCUCUCCUCGAAACGCUUCUUCCAAAUACGAUUUUGUCAAGGUCAAGGUGUGGUUGGGGGAUAAUGCUGAUCACUACUACGUUUUGUCCAGAUUUUUGCUCAGCAGAAUGUUAACUGUCACGAAGAUUCCCAAUCAUGUUGCUAUUAAAAUUGCGCUUGAACUCAAGAAGCUGCUCAUAGACAACAGUCUUCUGGAUGUCUCUCAAUCUGAUCUGGAAGCUAAUUUAUUUAAG